UGUACUUGACUGAUGCCAUUUCUUCUUUUGUUAGCUUUUCUAUUGCACCAUCCACUUGCAAUUUUCUACAACUUAUAUGGAACUUGCAACUGAAAACUGCAAACAGUUCACUUAGCGCAUUCAUUGUUCGCGAUGAGUUCCAAUCGCUCGCGUUAUUGUUGCCGCCUCCUAGUUGGAUUCAUUCUUAUUGUACUGACUGUCAAGCUGACCAGUGCAGUGCUGUUCUUUCCACGUGGCGGUUCCAUAGGUUUACUAGCUGCAGUGGCCAUUCCAUUGGACCUUACGUAUCGCAAUGUGUACAUGGCCUUCAACUUCGAGUCCAACUAUGGUUUGCCGUCGAAUGACUCUUACAAUCAGUGGAUUGAUAGGUGGGAUCUGGACGAGGGAUUUCUCGGCAUUGGUAGCGAUGUGACGCCCAUAGAUGGACGCAAUGACGAUAAACUGGAGAAACGUUCGAUUUCGACACCGCCCCGUUUUACACGUCACGACUUCUACAGAGCGAUUGUUAGCUAUUUGGGUCAGUAUGGCUACAAUGGCAGCGCCUGUUUGCUGCGCACCAUCUGCGAGGUGACCGCUGCUCCACUGGAUGCACACAACGGCGUAUUGGGCAGCAUAUUCAAAAUUCUAUUCAUGCCAACGACAAGCGCCGCCGAGCAGCGACUACAGCACGUGGAUAGCCUCUAUGAGGCUACAGAGCUGGGCACGCGCGGCUUAAACUGUGCUGAUUACGUGGCCGGUUGUGCACACAGUAUGCUGGACAUGAUAAGCGUUAUGCUCUAAAUCUAAGGAGUGCGUGAGUGCACUCAAAGAAUGCAUACAACAGCAAACUGCUCCUAAAUAAAUUAGCCAAGUGCUUAGCAAAACAUUAUUCUUAUAAAAAAAAAAACAUAAUUCCCUUACGCUACAGCAAGACUUCAGUAUCUACUUUCACCCGUUUACUAAAUACGCAUAUUCAGCAAGUCAUUUUUAAGCAGUUCUGUUUAAGCAAUCUAAUAAUUACUGAAGGACUACAAGUAUCUCUUAAGACAUUUCUUUCAGUAACUUAAAUAAACUGUAUAUGUAAAAUUAUAAUAUAAGACUUUAUAGAGAUUACUCUCCUUUAAUAAAAAACAAAAUUCUCUUUUAAAAUUAAGAAGGAUCGGAAACCCGGAAUUGGAAAUACGCGAACUGGACGGGUCU